AUGAGCAAACGCAACCAUACAAUCGGUGAGAGGCCAAGAAAGCACCGGCCAAGAGGCAACCGGGUCUUUGGCAGCGCAGCUUCGUUCAUGUCCUCGAAUGUGCAUGUAUACAAACGCAUCAUGACGAUAGCUGUUUUCAGCUCUCUUGAUGCUUCUGCCGUUGCCGCUGAAGGAUCGGAAACGAAAGACGCAGCUGUCCCGUUUCUGCACACCUCACGCACUCACCCGCCACUGCACCUGUAUCUACCUAGUAACAACAAGUAUGUACUUGGAAGCACUCCGCAAGGUACGACGAGAUAUGGCCCUGUCGUAACACGAUCCGGUGACUUGGCCGUACAACAACAACAACAACAACAACAACAACAACAACACCAACAACAACCGCACAUCUUCUCUACAACUACAUCACCAGUCACCGCUACUGUACUCCCAUCACCUAUUCCACCAGCCUCUCAUGCCCUAAACGCACUCGUAACAAUCACUCCACCUCCAACGAACAACAAGAAACCCCCUGAAGGAUCCUCCCGGAAGACUGCUGCCGGCACUCGAAAACUCCACUGUUCAGCCCGCGUCCGAGCACCCGGCCAAGACAAGUAG